CUAAAACUUUUUAGCAAAAUUAAUGUCGCUCACAAAAGUAUCAAUAAAUGACAAUGAUUAUAAAUAAUCAGGCAUUCAACCUACUCAAAACAACGCUCCUCAAUUACCAAAGAGAGAAUAUAAAAUGAUAUCAAAAGAAAAAAAGACAUAGUUGAUUCGAACUGUUCUUCUCUAGAAAUGUAAAAUUAAAAGAGUACUCCAUUUUAUUAUAUUCUUUUUAGAUUGCUAAGGAUCUAAAUAUUAAUUAUGCUACUGCCAAAACAAUCCUUCACAAUUACAGAAAAAAAAAUAUUCAAUUUGAAUAAAGAGAACAUCUCAAAUAGGCUACCUACACUAAUACUCAAAAAUUUUCUAAAUUGAAUCUCAAAAUAAUACUUAAUGACAAAAUCGUCAAGUAACAGGAAUACGUAUUGCCCACAUUCUGAAAAAAUUAUAUUCAUUCAGUAAUAUUAUAA